ACACAGCUGACUCCUAUUGACUGUGCCCGGUCUAUCUCACACACACCAAAGCCGCUGAUGGUUGUUAAAUCCCUACAUGACGUCAUUGCCAGGCAGAUGGUGGGUGUGGUCUUCACCGGCUUGUUAAACAUAUCGCAGCUUAAAUGCUGAACAGCCGCUACCAUUCCCUGACGACAACACUCCCUAUUUCUCUCAGUCUGGCUCAUUGUUCCUCCAGCAUUCACUAGGACAUCUGCGAGUAUCCAGCUCACCUGGAGCCUUUUUGUGGAACUUCCACCAGUUUUCCCUUGCGAGGAGCCCAGCACACUUGGUUGUGUGUGUGUUUUUUUUUUAUUUAAAGAAGAUGUCGUUCCCGUUGGCUGUGUUCAUAUGUCUGUCAGCUCUCCAUCUGUGUCUGGGAGAUGUGCCUGUGGAUGAAGCCGUCACAACUAAAAAAGUGCCUCUCCUUGGCGGCUGGUUUGAAAGGAAUCCUGAGUCCGAUGAGGUUAAGUAUGCAACUGAACACGCUUUGACCGUGUUCAACUCAAAAGUUGCGAAAAAGAAGCUGUUCAAAGUAGACUCCAUCUCCGCCGCUCAGUCUCAGGUGACCAAUGUGAUCAACUUUAAGAUUGAUGCAGUCCUGGUAAAAACCAAGUGCGCGAAGUCUGAAAACCACGACUUGAAGAACUGCAGUGUGGCAAAAAAGCGUCUGAAGUGCCACUUUGUGGUGACAUUCAACCCCCGCAACAACAAACAUGACCUGCAGUCACACAAGUGCAGCAAAGUUAAGCCUAAGGAACAGGCUUAACAGGAUUUUUUAAAUAGUUGGGUUCUUUGUAGCUUUGACUACCUUGUUGUAUUUUGAUACAAUGUUGACUAUUUUUCUGAAUAACUGUUGAUUAAAGCGCUCGAUGUGGGUCCAUGUAGAGUAACAAUGACACAUCAGUCUCAAUAAAACUAGUUUGUAAGAC